AUGCUUCUGAGCUGGGCAUGGCUGCUGCUGUGCGCCGCGGAGACGGAGGAGGUUUCCUCCCUGUCGAUGCUUCAGAGGAGCCUGGCCUUGUCACUGGCUCCCAGGACGGCCGCCUCGCAGGCCUCGCAGGCGUCCAGAGGAACGGCUUGCGGCCCGGAUCAAGUCUACAACCUCCACAUCCCCAAGUCUGCGGGCAGCUCCUUCGCGCUGGACGCACAGAAGAUCCUCCAGAAGGCGCAGCUGCGGAUCAUCAGCCAGGAGGGCUGCUUCAGCCUGCACCGCCAGAAUGCUCACCUGAAAGGAACGAUCACCAUGCUUCGAGAGCCUCGUGCGCACGUACUCUCGCAGUACAAGAUGUGCCGCAGCCACUGGGUUACCCAGUACCGUGAAGCUCUGUCUGCCAACUCUUCCGAGCAGCUGCCCGGGCGCUUUGCCGACUGGGUGGCCGCGUGGCGGCGCAGGAGUCUGGCGGACUUCAGCCCCCCAAGCGCCGCGGAGUCGCCCGUGGAGCGGACCGUGCGGCAGCUGCGAACGGAGGCCUGGGGCCAGCCGCCCUACAGCGUGAAGCCCACCGUGCUGCGGGUGGAGGACUGGGCGCAGCUGGACGGCGGCGGCACGGUGUGGCACUGCACCAAGGUGCCCUUCCAGUGCUAUGCGCCGGUGAACCUGCAAAGUCAGAGGCUGACUUGUGAGAAGCCGCUCAAGUACGACAGCAGCAUCAACACGACGCUGCUGAUGCAGAACCUGAAUGCACUCUGGUUCGUAGGCUUUGCUGAGGCGUAUCAGGCUUCAGUCUGCCUGCUUCACUGGCGAGUACUACACUCGCUGCCACAGUACUGCGACUGCGCUGACAGGCAGAGAUGGCAAGAGUUUCACGGGCACACGGAAAAUCAGAACAGCACCUACUAUGGGGAGGAAAAACUGGCACAGCUUCGCGACACGGUGCUGCAGGACAUAGAUGCACUUACUGCCACGGAUCGAUUGCUGUACAAAGCAGCCUGGGACCGCUUUGUGCGCGAGAGCGCCGAUGUGGCAAGGGAAUCCGGAAAACAAAUUCUGUGUAAUGCCUCUGUGCCUUUGCCGCAUUGA